AUGGAUAUUUCAAAGUUUAUCAAGCCUUGGAUGCUUGGUCAGCACGAAAAGUUCAUCUUCAGAAACGCAAAGAUUGUUGAUCCUACCGGGGGCGGCGUGUCCGACGAUGUGACUGUCGUCAUUGAUGGUGGCCUCAUCAGUUCCAUUUCUCCAGAGACACCAUCAGAAAAUACAUUUGCGGAUGUGAAACCCGAGAACGUGUUAGAUUUACAGGGUAAAUACAUCUGCCCCGGUCUUAUUGACUGCCAUGUACACAUCGCUGUUGUUCCCGGAGAAGCCAAUCUGGCAUCAUACAGCGAUAUGACGGAGCAAAAGAGCCUGGUCCGCCAGCCAAGCGUUCUCAAAUCGAUGCUUCACCGCGGCUUCACCUCCGUCCGUGACUGCGGCGGUGCAAGCCUGGCCAUGAAGGAGGCCGUGGAAGAAGGGAUUCACCCAGGUCCUCGGCUCUUCAUCGCUGGCCGCGCACUCUCCCAGACCGGCGGUCACGGCGACAUGCGAAGCUCGCAUGACACUCAACCUUGCUGUGGAGGAGCUGUGUCGGGGAUCAGUCGAAUUGUCGACGGCGUCCCGGAAUGUUUACGGUAUGCACGAGACGAGAUCAGGCAAGGUGCGGAUUUCCUGAAAAUCAUGGGCGGCGGAGGAGUGGCCAGCCCUACCGACAAGAUUGAGCACCUUCAGUUCUCUGACGAGGAGAUCAGGGCUAUUGUCACUGUGGCGAAGAACGCCGGUACCUACGUGACGAGCCACUGCUACACCCCGGAGUCCAUCCAGCAAGCUGUCCGACAGGGUGUACGGGGCAUUGAGCAUGGGAACCUGAUCGACCUGGAGACUGCCAAAUUAAUGGCCGAGAAGGGGACUUUUCUUACACCUACGCUUGUCGUCCACGCCAUCGCGCAGAAACUCAAGUUCCUCAGCCCGGAGGGUGACCGGAAAAACACAGACGCUUUUCAUAAAGGCCUGGCUGCGCUGAAGAUGGCGACAGAUGCUGGUGUUACGGUCUGUUUCGGUACUGACCUCCUCGGGCCUCUUCACUUCGCCCAGAGCCAAGAGUUUUCCGUCAGAAGCCAAGUCCAGACCCCACACCAGAUCUUGCAAAGUGCCACGGUCAAUGCAGCCAAGCUGCUAAUGCAGGAGGACAAGUUGGGCCAGGUGAAGGAAGGUUUCUUGGCUGAUCUUUUGGUACUUGACAGCAAUCCACUGGAGGACAUCACUGUGCUUGAUCAGCCCGAGCAACACCUCUUGGCUGUCAUGAAAGAUGGGAGAAUGAUGACAUCAGGGAGUGCUCUUGGGGUACCGAUUUCGUAA